AUGAAGGAUAGAGUUCAAGACCAGGAUUAUACUUUGAUGAAGGACCCUCCUGAACCACUCCUCCCGGUGAUUGAUCCUGCAAUCAACGACUUGGAUUUAACAUUCAGGGAAGUGGACCCAAUUCCAACUUCACCAGCCCCAAACAAUCCUGUUGCGGUACCCGACCCAAUGGCGAUGUAUGAGGUUGCUAGGAAGCUUCGUGAUAAGGCUAAGCUUGAUGACAAGCAUUUUCAAGAUGCUAUUGAUAUUUUAAAUACCCCAGGUGGUCCAAUGAUCUUCCUAGUCUUCAGAGAAAUGCAACGCUACCAGGAAGAGUCUCAAGGUCCCAGCAAGUCUACCACCAUCUCAGCCAACCAAAACCCAGGUGAUCAUAGCUCAUCCGAAGCACCGGCACCAAAUUUUCAAUACAGCAAUGCUAUCAAGGAUCGUAUUCGAGACCUUACAAAGGAAGCUUUCAUGCAAGCAGAUGUUCAAUGCUACAUGCGCAAGUCCUUCAAGCCUGGUACGGGAGAUCGGUCACUGCUAACAAUAACAAUGCAAGGCUUGCAGAAACUGCCCGCUGAUGUCAUCAAGAAGGAGCUUCCCCCAGGUUUUGGCAGCGGUGACGGCCCGGCCAUGAAGAACGUUGUAGCGAUGGUGCGCAAAAUCCAGCAACAUGUCCGGCUCUCCGUACGCGAAAAGCUCCUCGAUAAAAUCAUUGACCCUGAAACUAAGGAUUUCAACAAAGACGGUGUCGUACCCAAACUCCACGAGCUCACCGAGACACUUUAUCGCUUUCUGCACCCUGUCAAAACAUCACUCAGCAACACUCAAGUUAUCCAAAACAUGGUGGCCCUUUUCCUUUCUCGAGUUGGCCACCUUCGCCUCCAGACCCUUGACCAUCUGUUACACCCACACAUCAAAAAGUCAACACAAUGGAGCCUCAUCGAUCAGAAACUCCACGAAUUGAAUGCUCACACCGCGGAUUAUCGUGCUGCAUGGUCAAAAGCAAUCCUUGCCAAGGAUAAUGAGAUCUUUGGUAAGAAUAAAACAAUCCUCGAGAUCAUUGACGAAGACAUCGUGGGGAUGCCAAAUGAAGAUGAUGUACAAUUUCAACUUGAUGUGCUCCUUCGAAAGCGAUCUGGCAGGUCACCAAUUGCUAGUGGCUCCUCUCAUUAA